AGCUGGGGCGGCACAGGCAGCGCCAGCACAGCAGCACCGAGCUGGGGGCCGGCCGCCUCCUCCUGCAGCCCUGCCUGCACCCGCACCCUCGAGCUCGGGCAGCCAUGUGUCCGUGCUGGUUUUUGCUGAGAUUUCCCAAACUCUGGCUUGCUUUCCUGCGGUAACCUGGGCUUGCCUUGAACUGCAUUACUACAGCAGUGCCAUGCCCGAAUCAUCUGUAAACCUGGCAAGCGACGUGUUUCUUCAGCUGCAGCAGAGCGGUGACUCCCCUGCCGGUGGUGCAAGGCCGCAUUGCUCAAUGCCGGCGGCUCUCUCGCCUGUGAUGGUGCCCGACCUUCUGGGCGGGGCGACUGCAUUUCCUGGUGUCAGCUUUCUGCCGCUCUGGGGAACUCCCAGGUUUUGUACAAGACUUUUCUUUUUAACCCCCCCCUGCCUUUGCUUGUCCCCGGCCUCCUGUUGGGCGACUUCCAGCCCCCAGGCAUGGGCCUUCCUAAAGGCUGUGCCUGUGCCUGUGCCUGUGCCGUGCUUUCGGUGCUGUCCGCAGUGGAGGCCUGUGCCCUGGGCAGCUACAUCGCAGCCGUCUACGAGCACAGCGUGCUCUUGUCAGAGGACACUGAAGUGCCCGUUCCUCCUGAGGAGGCCUUGGUGCUGAUGGACAAAAAUAUGGCAAUUUUGGAAGCAGCCAUUAAGGAAGCAGCCAGACAGGGUGCCCAUAUCAUUGUGACGCCUGAAGAUGGCAUUUAUGGCUGGGUCUUCACAAGGGAAACAAUAUACCCUUACCUUGAGGAUAUCCCAGACCCAGAGGUGAACUGGAUUCCAUGUGCUGAUCCUGGAAGGUUUGCUCCCUCACCUGUUCUGGAAAGACUAAGCUGUAUGGCAAAGAAUAACUCCAUCUAUGUGGUUGCAAAUAUGGGAGACAAGAAGCCAUGUAACUCCAGUGAUCCAAGGUGCCCAAGUGAUGGUCGCUAUCAGUACAAUACCAAUGUUGUCUUUGACUCAGAAGGGAAACUGGUGGCUCGUUACCACAAGUACAACCUUUUUGUGACAGAGAAACAGUUUAAUUACCCCAAGGAUCCUGAAUUUGUGACUUUCAAUACCUCCUUUGGCUACUUUGGCAUUUUCACUUGUGCAGACAUACUCUUCCAUGACCCAGCUGUGGUCUUGGCAAGCAGAUUUCAGGUUGACACCAUUCUGUUCCCAACCGCUUGGGUUAACACUCUUCCACUGUUGUCAGCAGUCCAGUUUCACUCAGCAUGGGCCAUGGGAAUGGGGGUCAACUUUCUUUCAGCAAAUACGUGCAACUCCACUUUAGACAUGACAGGGAGUGGUAUUUAUGCCCCAGAAGGUCCGAGAGCAUAUUAUUACAAUACAGAAAUGGAAAGUGGUCACCUUUUGGUGACAGAACUGAGUUCACACCCACGUCUCUCUCCUGACUAUCCUGCUGCUGUUGACUGGAAAUCAUAUGCCAGCAGGACUGAACAGCUUCCAUCAAACAACCACUAUUUCAGUGGGGUUAUUUAUCAUGAUACCUUCUCCUUCACGGAGCUCACUGAACCUGAGGGAGAUUGUGCCAUUUGCCAGCAGGACCUCUGUUGCCAUCUGAGUUACAAGAUGGAAGAGAAGCAGAAAGACGACAUUUAUGUUCUGGGUGCCUUUGAUGGGCUACAUGUUGUUGAAGGAGAGUAUUAUUUGCAGAUAUGCACGCUUCUCAAGUGCAAGAGCACAGACCUGAACACAUGUGGGCAGCCAGUGGAGACAGCUAGGACCAAGUUUGAGAGGUUCUCCCUCAGUGGCACAUUUGGCACCAACUAUGUCUUUCCAGAAGUCUUGUACAGUGGGGUGCAGCUGGCCCCCGGGGAAUUUGAGGUGCUAACUGAUGGACGGCUGAUAAGUCGGACUAGUACAUCAAAGCCAGUUUUGAGUGUAACACUCUUUGGGAGGUGGUAUGAAAAGGACCCUCCACACACACAGCAAGUUUCACCAUGAUUUCACUGCAGAUCCUUUAAGAUCUCAUCUCCUUGAUUCUGUAAUGCUAAUUAAUAAUAAUUAAUCCGAAUGUUAAUGAAUGUUAAUCGCUGUUAAUAUGCUGUAAUUAUAAUGGCAUUCUAU